AUGACGCCUCAGCCUACCUCCUACGACCCCGACAAUGUCUUCGCAAAGAUCCUUGAUGGACGUCUUCCGUCUUACAAGAUUUUCGAAACAGAACACAGUUUGGCGAUCUUGGACGCCUUUCCGACAGCGCCUGGCCAUUCCCUGUUGAUAUCAAAGGCACCAGUGGCGACAGUGAUGGAAUUGAAUGAACAGCAGGCGGCGGACGUUCUAAAAGAGUUGCCUCGACUUUGCCGGGCAGUACAACUGGCAACCAACUGCGACGGCGUGAACGUUCUCCACAACGGAGGAGCGGCGGCGGGCCAAAUCGUGCACCAUUUGCAUUUUCACGUCUUACCUCGUUUUUCAGGAGACGGCCUUUUCUCCCAACCACAGAGUGCGAAGUCAAUGAUAACUGCAGAGGAGGCAACCGCGGUAUUGGGCAAGAUAAGGUCAAAUCUGUAA